UGAGCAAUGCGCAUGAAUGAAGUCCCCACAUAUCUGAGCCCAACAUAAUCUAUAUUUGCAGUGGUUCUAUUGGUUUACAUGGAAAUAUUUUUUUCUGGAAACGUUUUUAGACUUUCAUAUGUUUGACACAUGAAAAUAGAAAAAACGUUCCAGUGGUGCAGAUUUUUACCUUUAGUAGGGAAAGUCAUUUUCCUGUUUUUGCGGGACAAACUGUAUACAUGGAACAAUGAAAGCACUCAAGAAAGUAUUUUCCAUGGAAACUAUUUAUCCCAAGAAGUUAAUUUCCCUGAAAGAAACAGAACACAGUACUCUGUAUUAAUUACUGUUAUAAAAAAGCAAUUUUACCUACGUGUGUCUUACUUGGCAAGGUACAAUGAGGCAAUCAUAUUGCUCAGGAAACUGCUAGAUAGUUUCAAAAAUGACAUGAGAAGGGGAUAUUGGACUCUGAGACUUUCGAUUGACCUGGAGCAUGUUGCGUGUCCCGAUGAGAGCCUUCAAGUUGCUGAAGAUGGGUUAUUGGAUCCGUGGGUCCGUUCUGGCUCAAAAUUGUCCCUGCAACAGCGGGUUCUGCGGUUGGGUAAGCCCCCACGGCGCUGGAAAACACCAAGCUAUUGUAAAUCUUUAAAAAGGAAAAUUCCUGAGGUCCAUGUUCAAGGCAGGCCACUGAACUGCAAAAUGGGGGUGAAGAGUACAUUUUAUGGUGAAGAUGGUGAACGGUGUGGGGUAGAACAACUUGCUCUCCAAUACUAUGCUGGAGAGGGAGGUAGCUGGCAGGGUGUUCAUACGGAAAGUGGUAUUUGGUUAACCCUUUUUGGGCUUCUGAUGUGGGAUGCUAUAUUUGCCGAUGUUCCAAAUGUAUUUUGUAAUAAGUUUCAGACAGCACCUCUGGAUUUGGAGACUGAUAGCUUCUACGAGGUUAGAAAGAGGGAGAUAGAAACAGUACUAGAAAAGAUUCAGGGUGGGAUGGCAGAAGAGAUACUCAUCACUUCAUGGGAAUUACAUAAAGGGACAUCAUGCAGAGGGGUAAAGUGGGAAAGGCAUUCUCUGUCCCAACUCAGAGCAGCUGUGGCUUGCAUUGGAGGCUCUUGCACCGCAUCAAUAUGCCAAAAUUUGGCCCAAGAUUACCGGAGCUGGUCUAGUGGGAUGCCCGACUUGUUACUGUGGCGCUUCCACGACAACUACAGAGGCGAAGCAAAACUUGUCGAAGUGAAAGGCCCAAGAGACCGACUCUCUGAACAACAGCGUGCUUGGUUGCUCUUUUUGAUGGACUGUGGAUUCAAUGUUGAGGUAUGCAAGGUAACCCACUCUCUUUUAUAGUUCCCUUGCAAUGAAAUUCAUUCAAUAUAUUUUCAAACUAUGAUAUUGUUACACACUACGAUUAUUUGAAUCUUAGAAUUGACAUAUUAAAGUCCAUCAGUAUUU